AUGUCUGUUUCCGAUUCUGACCUUUCCGAGGCCUCUACGACACCCGCGCCGCCCGACCACGAACUCGAGAAAAGCCUGCGACGCGAGGUGGUCAAGGCGCAGAGGGAUGGAAUAGAAUUCUCAAACAACUACAUUCGCGGAGCUUCCGAGGCAAAACUGGGAUUGACAAAAGGCUUCUACAAGAAUCACAAAGAGUGGGCACAACGAAGUAGAGAUAUCAUAGCCGACCAGCUGACAAUCCCGUCAGAAACACAUAGCUCUCCUGCCAAACCAAAAGAGCCGAAGAAGGCCAUCGCGAAGCGCAAGUCCUCGCAGAAAGAGUCCGCUCCACACAAGAGACAAAAGGCUGCUGCCAAAAGUGACGACGAUGCUUCUGAUGACCUGUCUUCGCCUCUGAGCGACCUAGACUCGGAAGCAGGGCAAGAGAAGCAGAAGACGAAACAACGCAAGGCCACUCAGAAACCACGCCCAACCAAGUCAAAAUCCUCCAAAAGCAACGGACGAAAGGUUGCAGACUCUGACGAAGACGAGCAGGCGGAGCAGGCAAACGGCACUCCAGCAGAAGAGUCCUCGAACGAAGGAGAAACCACAGUUGCCAACGCUGAAGACGGCUCGGAUAGCGAGAUGUCAGUCCUCUUGGAUGAAGUACCUCCGCAAAAGAAGAGCAGGAAGCGCAAGGACUCCGCGCGCCAAAAGUCCAAGAAGCCUGCCAGCAAAUCUGCCACGAAACCCAAAGCUGACGCCGAUACCGAUCCAGAGUUGGCCGAGAUCAAGCGUCUCCAAGGCUGGCUAGUAAAAUGUGGCAUCCGCAAGCUGUGGGGUAAAGAGUUGAAACCCUACGAAACCUCCAAAGCCAAAAUCAAGCACUUGAAAGAGAUGCUCGCCGAUGUCGGUAUGACUGGCCGGUACUCGCUGGAAAAGGCGAAUCAGAUCAAAGAGGCCAGAGAAUUGGCUGCCGACAUCGAGGCUGUCCAAGAAGGAGCAGAACGCUGGGGUGCUGCCCAAGAUGAGGAUGGUGCGCGAGUUGAGAAAGGGACAGAUAGCUCGCGGCCAGCAAGGAGGUUGGUGCGAGGAGCGAGAAAUUAUGACUUUUUGAGCAGCGAUGGUGAGGAGACCGAUUGA